AGCUCAAAAAGCCUUGACAGGUUUGCGCGGCGAUGUUCAGAAAUUGAAAGUAAAACUGCACGCGCGAUGAGCGACAGGCUUGUAUGAUCGCACUUGACUGCCCCCUUUAGAUGAUAACGAGAUCCUAUUAAACAGCAAGUGAGGGCUGGCCGGUGUUUUUCCACUCACGCCGGCUUUCUGAUGGCUACCCAUUUUAAGACAAAGGUCAGGAAGAACGGCUUAUAAAUUACUUUUUGUCUGGUAAUUCUCUUAGUGCGUGGAGAUCUCGCCUUUGACAAGAGGACAGCAAUAACUGGAAAGGAAUCCUAAGGAGACAAUAGCAGAGCAACAUGGCCCAGAAAGAGAAACUGCAGUGUUUAAAGGAUUUCCACAAGGAUACCCUGAAACCAUCUCCUGGAAAGAGCCCUGGAACGAGACCUGAAGAUGAGGCUGAGGGCAAGCCACCUCAGAGGGAGAAGUGGGCAAGCAAGCUCGACUUUGUUCUUUCGGUAGCAGGAGGCUUUGUUGGUUUAGGAAACGUCUGGCGUUUUCCAUACCUCUGCUAUAAAAAUGGCGGAGGUGCAUUUCUCAUUCCGUACUUCAUUUUUCUGUUUGGUGGAGGGCUACCAGUGUUUUUCCUAGAAGUGGCCUUAGGCCAGUUCACCUCUCAGGGAGGAAUCACCUGCUGGGAGAAGAUCUGCCCCAUUUUUACUGGUAUUGGUUACGCUUCCAUUGUGAUUGUCUCCUUGCUUAACGUGUAUUACAUCGUCAUCUUGGCAUGGGGUCUGUACUACCUGUUUCAGAGUUUCCGCUCAGAGCUGCCAUGGGCCAAGUGUGAUCAGGAAUGGAAUACGCCCAGCUGCGUGGAGGACACAUUUUGGCAGAACAAGACACUGUGGCUUUCAGUGAACAUCACCAACUUUACCUCACCUGUCACUGAAUUCUGGGAGAGGAACGUCCUUAGCAUUUCUAGUGGAAUUGAGGAAGUGGGCAUUCUGAAAUGGGACCUUGCUUUGUGCCUCUUGGCUGUCUGGGUCAUUUGCUUCUUUUGCAUUUGGAAGGGGGUCAGAUCUACAGGGAAGGUUGUUUAUUUUACUGCAACAUUUCCAUUCAUCAUGCUUUUCAUUUUGCUGAUUCGUGGAGUUACUCUACCAGGAGCAGCUGAGGGAAUCAAAUUUUACCUUUAUCCUAAUAUCACACGCUUAGCGGAUCCAGAGGUGUGGAUCGAUGCAGGGACGCAAAUCUUCUUUUCAUACGCGAUCUGUUUGGGGGCAAUGACAUCACUGGGGAGCUACAACAAAUUCAAAUAUAACUGUUACAGGGACUGUUUGCUGCUCGGAUGUCUGAACAGUGGUACCAGUUUUGUGUCUGGCUUCGCAAUAUUUUCCGUCCUGGGCUUCAUGGCACAAGAGCAAGGGGUGGACAUUGCCGAUGUGGCAGAGUCAGGUCCUGGCCUGGCUUUUAUUGCCUACCCUAAAGCAGUGACCAUGAUGCCUUUGCCAACAUUAUGGGCUAUUCUCUUCUUUUUAAUGCUUUUGCUGUUGGGUCUUGACAGUCAGUUUGUCGAAGUGGAAGGGCAGAUCACAUCAUUAGUUGAUCUGUACCCAUCCUUCCUAAGGAAGGGUUAUCGACGGGAAAUCUUCAUAGCUAUAGUCUGCAUUCUCAGCUAUCUUCUGGGACUUACUAUGGUUACUGAAGGUGGCAUGUAUGUGUUUCAACUCUUUGACUACUAUGCAGCCAGUGGUGUGUGCCUUUUGUGGGUUGCAUUCUUUGAAUGUGUUGCUGUAGCCUGGAUUUAUGGCGCUAAUAAUUUCUAUGAUGCAAUUGAAGAUAUGAUUGGCUAUAGACCAAAUCCCUGGAUGAAAUGGAGCUGGUCGGUAAUCACCCCAGUCUUAUGUGUGAGUUGCUUUAUUUUUUCCUUGGCCAAAUAUACACCAUUGAGAUACAACAAGUCAUAUGAAUAUCCGGAGUGGGCAAUUGGCCUUGGCUGGACCAUGGCACUUGCAUCAAUGAUAUGCAUCCCAGUGGUGGUGGUGAUCAAAAUUUUUCAGUCAGAUGGACCGCUCAUUGAGCGGAUUAAAGCUGUUGCAGCCCCAGUUGUAGGGGCGAGUUCAUGUCCUGCUGAGUCCCACCUGCAAAACAGCGUCAAGGAGAAAGAACCCCUCUCGCACAUGGAUCCAAAUGGGAACAAUGGUUUGAUUAAGCCAACCCACACCAUUGUAGAGACUAUGAUGUGAGCACUCUCUGUGAGAGGACCGAAGACCAGCGGUGCAAAUUCAAUUUACUAAUGCUAGAACUUUAGGACCAGGUUUACAUUGUUGAGUAUAUAUUUGUCUUUUAAAAUAUUUAUACAUACUGUGCACUAUAUAUAUUUUGCAUUCUGUACUUAGAUAUGAUAAUCAUAUAAAAUAAGGCAGUAUUUUUAAUGAGUAUUUUUACUCCCUUUUUAUAGACUAAAAAAAAGCUUUUUUGGGCUAUUUACAGUUUAGAAAUAAAGGAGAAUAUUGUGGUUUAAAGGAAUGGGGUCAUAGGGGUUAGCGUUUCUUACAAAGUUUCAUCAUGUUAAACCUUCUUUAUAUUUUAUCAUCUCAUCACUCCAUUGUAUUACUUUUAGUUACUUUGCAGUAUGAUUUUGUUUUUCCAAUAAUAAUAGCUCCAGAGUCCUCGGUUCAAAUACAAUCCGGUGACGGUUUGUGUAACGUUUGCUCAUCACCGCCACCAUGUCUACAUGGAUGGUUUCUCAUUGUACUCUGGUUACUCUGAGAUGCAGGUUGGGCUGUUUGACAGAACGAAGGUGUGACUGGGCAGCCACCCAGGGUUGGCUCUCAUCUUGCAUCACGUGUUUGAAUCAGCGAGUUCAGAAAAUCAGCACAUGUAUUCAUUUCUUUUUUCUGCAGCUAUGUUAAAUACAGUAUAUUGCUAAGGAUAUAAAAUUCUCAGACCCUGCUAAUAGCAGCCAAGUAUUCAAGGAAAGUUAUGCUAUACCAAAGUGAACCACUGUGAAUUUUUUUUUCUUUUCUAUGAGCAUCAUCAGUACUUGAAGUAGACUGGUGCUCACCAGAACAGCAUACCGGCACUUCUCCAUCUUGCUGUUCAGACUACUGUAAAUUUUUUUUACAUACCAGCAGUGUUUGAAGUCAGCCAUUACUCACCAUUAUUCAGUACAAGAAGUUCUACUUUUGUUUUUGUACUUUUGGUGUCACUUGAUUUCUCAAGUACCGGCACUUCUUACAACCUCUCAAUACUGUAAUGCCAUACGCAUUAACCAGCAGCUAUCUCCUGGAAAUUGUAGCAAGAAACCCAUCCCCGUCGUCUUCUGGCUUACAUAUGACCAAAUACCCCCUUCCUGUCCCACAUUUAGCUGAAGAAGCUGGAGGUGGUAUACCACUUCUUCUUUUUUCCACUUUAACUACUGAGCAUCAUAAUACUGUAGCACUCUGCUACUCUUCGAUUUCAUAUUCAGAGCAGGUUCCUGCCUUGCUCCUAAUGCCAUUGGGGUGGACCCUGACCAUCAUGACCCUACACUUGGUUAAACAAGUUGGAUAUUAGAUGUAUGGAUGGAGGGAUGGGUAUAAUAUUUUACCUUUGGAAAAUUUAAACAAGUUAGUGUUAUAAUAUAUGGAACUAAAUACUUAUUUUGCUCCUUGAAAUAAGAAAUCAAAAGGGCUACUUAAAAUACAAUGUGUUUAAGAACUGUCUUUUGGGACUUUAUUAAACUAGCAAUGUGCAAUAAAAGUACACUAACAUCUAAAGGACAGGGGAAAGAUUUGUCACUUUCUGUCACAGUGGCAUUUUUUGACCCUCUUUGGUAACCUUGUCCAAAUAGAAGAGUCGAGCCAGUAGCACUUUAGUUUAGGGACUGCAAAAAUACAUGUAUUACUCUUAUACUGUUAUGAAACAAGGCAUUAACAAAGUCUUCAUUUGCUGUUAAUAACACUUGCAAAGUUGCCAGUAAAGUGUAUGCUCAUCUGUGUAAUGUGAACUACUACAAUAAUGUCACUUUGGAGAGCUUUAGUUAGACGCAUUUCUCUUCAUAUUGCAUACUUCAAUAUAAGACCUACAAAUCCUUCAUAUUCAGGAGUAAUUUUACCAGCGUUAUCAAAGGCUCUUAGUAGGUGACAAUGCACAGAUGAAUAACCACUUUGUUGGUGCUUUAUAAAUUUUAAAAUUUUUUGAAAACUUGGCAGGAUGUAAUCAAUAACAUUUUAGAAUAAGCAUUUUUUUCUUUCCUACUCUUAAAGUUUUAGCCUGGCUGUUGGCCUUGCUCUCUUUCUCAUGGAUGUGGGUUGAUUUGAACUUACUUUUGUCAAGUUUGACUUGCUAUUAUAGAAUGUUACUUGGUUUUAAUAAAUUCAAUAAAAUAUAAAAAAAAAAAAAAAAAAAAAUGUAUAUAUACUAGGGGGCUUUGCCCCCUGCUCGCUUUGCUCGCCAACCCCCCGGUCUGCACUACACGCCAGCCACUUCACGUCUCUGCCGCUCGCAUAUGUGGAUUUCACUUUCACCAAACAACAAAUCUUUUAAUUAUCACGGAUAGGCCUCUUCAUUGGGAAGAAACACUACUUUUCCCUGAUGGCAAAACGAAUUAGACUCUGGCUCACUUGCUGGGUCUUCAGCAGUCCUUUUUAUAGUCCUCAACCCGAAAGUGCUUCUGUCCUUCCAUUCAUGUGACUUGCUAGUACUUCCAGGUUAGAAGGAGAUCUCAAGUUUUCUUCAGCCCAGGGGUAUGUCCAGGCUUUCAUCCCCGUGACUGGGUAGUACUUCUGGGCUAUGGGGGAGACGUGACUCCUCAGGUUCUUUUGCGGUGUCCCCUGGCGGCACCCACAGUACUCAGCAGGGCUGUGGCAUCAAACUAUAUGUCCCAUAGUACCCUGCCGGAAUCCGGGGAACCACUGCAGUGCGCAUAGGCUGCCAUCUAGCGUCUUGGGGGAAGUAGUGUCCCAAAGAGGUUGCCUUCCCCCAUCCUUCCACUCUGUGGGCGUCCCGGCCAUGUUGAGCUGCCGGCCAUCUAUUACAAUAUAUAUAUAUAUAUAUAUAUAUAUAUAUAUAUAAUACUAGGGGGGCGAGCCCCCCUGGUGCCUUUGGCGCCCAACCCCCAGUUACAGCCAGUCUGUCGCUCGCGUUGUGAAGAGGGGGGCUGAAUGCACCCCAAGGAGACACAGUCGCUCCUCCGAAACCCCCUCUUAAACAGUGAUACAAUGGGAAACAAAUAGUUUUUUUUUUUUUUUUUUUACCUCCUCUUUGCUCGAUCAACUGCUGGCUUGCUGCUGCUGCCGUGCCUCGUGAUCUGCAUCUUGCGUGGCAUUUUGAACAUUUAAAAGCCUGUACAGCAGUUGUCCUACUCUGUCUUUUAUUUCCGGCCCGAGCAUAGUUAAAUCUCUUGGCACUCUUGGUUAAGUCUUGCCUCGCGGAACAUGAGUUCUUGAUAUUUUUUUAGUUUAUAAUUUAAAAACAGAAUAAGAAUCUGAAAAUGUAACCACAUCACAUUAAAGUUCGAUAAAUUCUAAAAAGAAUGAUACCAAACAUAUAUAUGUAGGUUUUAAAAUAAGCCCGAUUUAAAGCGUGACAAAAAACGUGACAUAAAAAUGUGACAUAAAAUCGUCGCACUUUUAGGCUUAGCUAGUCUGAAAUGUCUGGAACCAGAAGGUUUUUGUAUGUUUUUGGCUUUUGGAAUAUUUGCAUCUUCCUAAAACACUCACCCUCAAUUCCUCCAGUCUGUGCACUUUAAAUUGCAGGGGUUUCUGGGAGAGAGCAACACAAAUGUAGCAAAUGACUUAACUUGAUAGAAAGCUAAAUAAGACGUCAGUAGCACAAGGUAACUGAAGCUGAAAGACUAAUUUAGAUUUUGUAAAGAGCGAGGCGACAGAAGAAACAGACAGGCACACACGUAGACCACUGCACUACUUAGCCCCACACAUUUUAGAAGUGCUUCUGUCAUCUAUGACAUUUUUUUUUGUCAGUUUGACUAGUGUAUCUUGUGAAAGAAAAUUUAACUGCUUGCAAGCUACUAAGGAUUUUAUUAUGAAGGCAGGUUAUUCAUACAGGCUUCUGUCAUAAGACAAGGUGAUGUAAGCUGAACUAGGGUAGCUUCCUUCUUUAGGAACGCGUCUGUUAGACACAAGAGGGUGACAUUUCUUUUUUUAGGGGCCCCUCUUGACACGUACACAAAAAAAGAAACGGAUGGCCGACUUGCGUAUUAUGAAACAGCAUCUAAGCAUUUCAUCUUAUAAGUAAGGGGAAGAGAGGAAAAUGAAAAAUAAAAGCAGAUUGAAACUGGGGAUCUUUGGUCUUCUGCCUUGCAAAGUGGAAUCCACGUACUCAUCUGUGACUGAUUAAUUGAACCAUUCCCGUCUUCCUCCUAUGGAGGGAGUUUACAUUCACAAUCUCUAUUUGGCUCAACAACAGCAAAUAGAGUUUAGAUAAGCUUUGUGGUCCAUGUAUAUAUAUAUAUAUAUAUAUAUAUAUAUAUAUAUAUACACUACGUGUUAUAGUGCUGCAGCAAUAUUCUGGCAUGGCAUGUUUGCAGUUCCAAUUAGACAGUAAUGCAAACUUUAGCUAUUCGUUUAAACAUGAAGUCAGUAAUUGGAUGUUGUGCACUCACGUCGGUGCUUCUACUGGUGCUGUUAGGCACAUAUACAGAUUUGGGUGUUUUGAGUAUCGAAAUCUUCAUCUCCUGUGGCUCUUCAUUAUCAACUCUCUUAAUGGCAGUCCUUUUCACCUCCUUAUGACGGAGUGUGAUUCAUUGCUAACUUUGAAUGCAUAUUUUCAUGAACAUAGCUAACAAUUCUUUCAACCUCCCAUCGACUCCUACACUAAUGUCAUAACCGAACACACGCAGUUUCAGAUCUUAGAGUUUUUUGGAUUUCAGAGUUUCCGAUUAGGGGUGCUCAUCAACAGGUGAAGGGGAAGGCAAGGUACCAGUACUGCCUUUUAUUGACUGUGUGAUGACAAGAGAGAAUCGGUACCAGAUUGCGGUUCAAUUUUAGAAAACAUAUAACUAAUUGUGUUAUAAUUCUGUCCAUGUACAGUGCCUUUGAAGGAGUUCAUCCUAGAACGGUGCAAUAUAAAAUAAAGCUUUAUUGAGACAGGGCUCUACAGAUUAGUCCCAUCUCAGUUUUAAAAUACCAAUUCCAAGUAUUUUCCAGGUACGUACUUUAUGGAAGUGCACUCUCUGCACACUUGAAAUGCUAUUUAUAACAAGCAUGCCCUAGAGAAAGUGACACCAGUUUCUCUACGAAUGCCAACUCAACAGGCACUUGGACCCUGUCCCAACAGUAUUAUUCUUUUGCAAACUCCAUCAGUGACUUGAACAUACUAACGACACUGUGAAAAUGAGCUGUGUAGACUCAGAGACCAUUCAUCAUACCAGAGUUUCACUUUUAAAGUGAAUCGCCGCAAAGACCAGUUGUAGAUUCACUUCUUACAAGGCAUAUUCUAACUGAAUUUAUUUCUUUUCAAUUUCCACUUAUUAGAUUAAAUGAACAGACAAAUAAUAUACAGAGUUAACAUACUGUCAAUAUAAUGUAUAGGAAAACACAUUUUUAAAAAUAUUUUCUUCAAAUAAACUAAGGGAGCGUCUUCAUUAUACCUUACUGCACCUUUGAUAUUCGACUCCUCCACUGUCCCUGCUGUACAUUUUACUGAGUUGAAAGCCAGUUGUCAUCCAUUACAUUCUUUCCUACUUUCAGAUUAAAGGACAUAAUAUGAUGUGACAUUGCUCGGAAGCACUUAGCACCUUUAAUAGAAUGUCUUUCCAAUUCCUAAGGUCAAUUGCUUGACUGAAGUGAGCAGAUGAGUUGGAAAAUUCCUUAUGAUCAUAAGGUAAUUUGUUUGUAGAUAACAAUAAAGAGCUAAAAUCAUGCUUGUUAACUGUAAGGUUAAUAACUUUAGAUAAUAAAUAAGUGUAUUUUAUACUUGGAUAAUGUCCACGUGGGUUUCCUCUGGGGCAGGGGUAGGCAAUGUCAGUCCUCGUGGGACCGCAGUGGCUGCAGGUUUUUGUUCCAAACCAGUUUCUUAAUGAGGGGUCAAUUACGGCUGAUGAAGCACUCAUUGCUCAAAUGACAUUUUGAAGCUUCAUUUUAGUGGUCUUGCUUGUUAAGGCGCCCCACCCUUAAUUGCGUAUUUCAGUCUUAAACAGCUGCAUUCACGGUUUUUAAUGGCUCCUUAUCUUAAUAUAUAAUUUGCCAGUCUCCUCACUCACUCACUUACGUCCGUCCGAAGCCGAAUGCGCAGUCGCCUUCUGUGCAGCUGCCCGAAAAACCUUACGAGACCGGCAUCGCGCCAGGCGGCGGAUUUACGGCCACGAAAAUUCAAAGAGAAAGGCAACUACGGCCGUGAAAAUUCAAAGAGAAAGGCGACUUUGAUUAAAGCUCUAGAGGCCUGAAAGGCGAUUUCGACUACAGCUCGAGGCCUAAUUACGCAUUCAUUCAAUACACCUAUAUCAGGUUUGUGGUGCGGAAUGCACAGUUGCCUUCUGCACACGUCGCCUUCUGCGCAUGUCCGAAGCUGAAUGCGCAGUCGCCUUCAGCGCAGCUGCCCGAAAAACCUUACGAGACCGACAUCGCGGCAGGCGGCGAAUUUACGGCUGUGAAAAUUCAAAGAGAAAGGCGACUUCGAUUAAAGCUCAAGAGGCCUGAAAGGCGAUUUUGACUACAGCUCGAGGCCUAAUUAAGCAUUCAUUCAAUACACCUAUAUCAGGUUUGUGGUGCGGAAUGUGCAGUCGCCUUCUGCGCAUGGCCGAAGCCGACUGCGCAGUCGCCGUCAGCGUAGCUGCCCGAAAAACCUUACGAGACCGACAUCGCGGCAGGCGGCGAAUUUACGGCUGUGAAAAUUCAAAGAGAAAGGCGACUUCGAUUAAAGCUCUAGAGGCCUGAAAGGCGAUUUCGACUACAGCUCGAGGCCUAAUUACACAUUCAUUCAAUACACCUAUAUCAGGUUUGUGGUUCUUAUACUUAUUAUAUAUUAUACUAUUCCACUCGUGCUGUUUCAUCUUACGUUGUCGAAACGAGCUCUUUGUCUAGUUAGCAAUAAGAUGUAAAAUGACAAAGGAGCCAGCAGUUCUCCAUCUAACUUGUUUCCAUUUACACCUGUGUGGAUUCAUCAUGCACUCUGUGGUUCAAUAAAACACUUAAGAGAAAAAUGUGACAGACUGAAAGUUAUCCGUUUUGGGUGACAAAUCAUUUAAAUGAUAUCCUUGGAAAGAAAAAAAAAUCUACGGUGUAAGAACCUAACAUUGAAGACUUAAAAUUAAAUAAGGUCUGAGACCGGCAAGGAUUGGUUUCUAAUUGAGCAAUUGUUUUGGAAUGAAAACCUGCAGCCACUGUGGUCCUCCAGGACCGACGUUGCCUACCUCUGCUCAGAGGGCUCCAGUUUCCUCCCACAGUCUAAAGACAUGCAGGUUAGGUGAACUGGCAUUGCUAAACUGGCCCAGAUGUGUUUGCCCUGCAGUGGAUUGGCACCUUGUCCAGGUGUUGCUGCUGCCUUGCACCCUGUGUUGACUGGGAUCGGCUCCAGUUUCCCAUGACCCUGUCCUGGAUAAGUGGGUUAGGAAAAUGUCUGGAUGGUUGGAUUAUAUCUUUUUUCAAGCUGUCAAGCAAAUAAGCAUAAAAUAAACACAGAACUAAUACAGAGCUGGCUUCUGUCUAAGCACACAGUCACAACACUUUCAGUCGGAAUGGCUAUACCUUUAGUUUAGAGUACUAUUCUGUACGUACAAGUUUUCUUUGACUAACUUUCCAGAAAGGCCCUCCGGAAAUUGUAAUAUUGUAACUUUCAUACUAUUUUAUUUUUAGUAGAAGUACCUUUGUCUCAUUCAGGGACUCACAAACUCAAAUCUGGGUCACUUUGUGCUACACUCAACGUCUUACUCUUAGACUAAUUCAUUUAUUGAGAUCCUUGCAUGGAUCCUUCCAUUGAACCUAUGAACAGCUGAUUUCUACAAUUAAUCAUUCAGGAGUCCCCAGCAGGGGGCACUUUAAUUUUGUAAAUCUAAUCUAACCAAUUAUUGUAUCUAUUUUUGGCAUACUUUUAACUCAUUUGCUUUAUAAGAUUCAGGACCCUGAUCCGUUUCUUUCUUCCUUAACCAACAGCCAAACACUAAUGACACGUAACACCAGCCAAAUGAUGACCAGCUAACUUGGGGGGUUUAAAUUCACUUCCAUUUUUGUUACAACCCAUUCCUUAAUUAGAAGCUGAUUCUUACUGUUAAUUCAACGCAUUACGUUGUUAAAUUCUAUUCUCAUUUUACACCAGACAUUUCCGCAACAACUGACCUUUUUGUCUGAGGGCAUCAUCCAAAUGUUUUGUGGACCACAGAAGAUCAAUAUUACUCAGGCCUUCAUAUUUUUUCUUUCCAGAUAUUAUUGAUACAGAUGUUGUAUGAUGGCUACAGAGGUGCAAAUGGGAUCAAGUUAGGGGGUCAUUGGUUGGCUCAAUUUUGGGUUUCAUUAUUAAUUGGCUGCUAGUUAAGUAAAAUCCAAAAUGAAAAAGAUUCUGAAUCUUAAGAAGGAAGUCAGUUAAAAUUAAGCCAAAACUAGUAUGUUCCAUUAACAGCAGAGACUGGUUGUUAUUUAGUAAUGACGCUGCAGCCAUGAUGGCCGCCCACCUUCUCUGUUUGACACCCCAGUUGUAGGUCACACACCUGAAGAAUGUAUUUGUUUCUUUAGAAUGAGUAAAGUGGAUUUGGCCGCAUUCACGUGCUAUGGGAGUUACCACUGGUGAUGUCCACUUUCACAUGCAUUUCUAUUUGGCAUUUUGGGAAAAACUUUUGACUUGCAACUUUCAAACAUCAAUUAUCGAUAAGCUUAAUUUUUUUUCUUGCAGUUAACAGCAAAUUAACCGAAUUAGAUGCAUUUCAUGACAACACAAAAAUUCAGUUUCCAACUCUCGAAGUUCAUAUUUUAAAUUUUUUUAAAUUUUAUAUUAGUGAAUAAGGUGAACGGUUAGAGAUGCAACCCUCUUGUUUAAUGGGUAACACAAGUCCAGGUGCUAGAGUUUAAUUCUUGGCUCUACUAAAUGUAGCUGGAACCAGCUUCAGUAGAUUUCAAAAAUGUUUAAUUUCCAUUUAAAUAAUUACCUAAAACGCUCCUCUGAAAGGAUAAAUCAUUAACAAUAUUACGAGCUUAUCUUUGUCAUUGUGGCUGGGAGGUUGUGAAAUUUGCACGUCCUUUGUGCCCAUGUGGCCCAGACACCCCCCUAGCUCUAAGGGUCUCCAGUCUCCUCUCAUGUCCAGAACGUGUGCAUGUUGGGGUAAUUGGGGACUGAAAUUCCCUGAUAUGAAUGUGUGACUCCUGGCAUCCCACCCAGGGUUGAUAUCGGACUUGUGCCUGCUGCUCCCUUUGACUCUUUAAUGGACUGAGAGAAGUUAGGGUGGAUUUUCUUUCCCCAGUUACUUAUAUUUGGUUUAUUCAUAUGUGUAUUUUGAACACAUAACACUACUUCUAAAUUUUUUUUAUGCACAGUAAGAUGACGUGAUUAGGGUAUAUGAGAGAUCUAACAGUCAUCUUUAAAGGUGCGCUGCUGAAAAUUCACAUUUUAGUGAAAAUUAAAUCUACUUUUUUUAAAUGGUAUGAAUAAUAGAAAACCGUCAGUUCCUUAUGAGGAUUAUUUGACUAGUGGCAUGAUAUAUUGUGGGGUAACUAAUUGUUGGGCACUGAUGCUGGAAUAGAAAUUUCUUGUACUGUAUGUAAUGCCAAACUACAACCAACUGCAAUAUUGCUUGUAUCAGUUUUGAUUUUUAUUACAUUUAAAAGUUUUGCAUUUUAGAAAUGUAACAUAUUUAUGUGAAUUUUUUUUGUUGCUUUGAUAGAAGAAAAUGGAAGUUGACAACUUUAAAUAAAAAUAUAUAUAUUUGAAAAAAAAAAAUCUUGUACUGUUUGACAGCCUCUAAUGAAUCUUGAAGGUGGCAAUUUGUAACAUUUCGUUUAAUGCUUUCAACAGGUGAAGA